UUGAGGUGCGCACGCGUCACUGUUGCAACCUUUGACUGCCCGUUAGUGGUUGUCAGCAGUUAAUAGGUUCGGAAUUCGAAAAUUCAAAUUUGAAGUUCGAAAUUUAAAUUGCGCGCGCGAAGUGUGUUGCAUGUUUGAAAUUUUGUGUUUUUGAGCUGGUGUUUGCAUAAGUCAGGAUGUUUCAAAGCGGCAUCUUGGCCAAGCUGGAAGGCUUCUACAAAUGGUAUGUGCUGGGACUCGUCUCCGUCGGCUACAUACUGGGGGAGCUUGGACACUACCUCAUAGGCACAACGUCGAAGGUGACAGCUGAAGACCUCCACUACGGUGACAAGGCGUGCAUGCUGAACGCGACACAUCUCAGCCUCAGCCAGCUGCCGGUCAUCUGUGAGAGCGUCAACUCUACGGACAUAUGCGAGUCCCUUACCCUGAACGGCACGAGGUACUGCGAGUGGGGCUACAAUGGACUGGGUAUAGACUACCAGGUCUUGGCCGGACCUGCCUUCAUGGCUGUCUUCACUGUGGUGGGUGUCAUCCUUGGAGUCGUCGCUGAUAAAUACAACAGGGCCCGCGUCCUCUCUUUUUGCACGGUCGUCUUCGUCAUAGCGAUCCUCCUCAUGGGCACCGUCAAGGAGUACUGGCACCUGGUCAUCCUCCGAAUGAUCAUGGCAGCAGGAGAGUCCGGCUGCAAUCCUCUGGCCACUGGCAUCCUCACAGAUCUCUUCCCUGAGCACCAGAGGGCGUUGGUGCUCUCGAUCUUCAACUGGGGCAUCUAUGGAGGAUAUGGUAUAGCUUUCCCUGUGGGAAGGUAUAUACCCGAUCUUAACGCUUGGGGACUGAGUUGGAGAGUGUGCUACUACGGAGCGGGCAUCGUCGGCAUUGUCAUCGCUGUACUGACUUUCCUCACGCUUAGGGAACCUGAGAGAACCACUAUUGGAGAAGAAGGCGCUGGCAAUACCAAAGGCGGAGAUUCCACCCUGGAAUCAGGCAAGAAGAUGCCGCAAGUCACCAUCUGGCACGUCAUCGCGCAACCCAGGAUCCUGCUGCUGUGUAUUGCUGCCUCCAUCAGACAUUGCGGCGGUAUGUGCUUCGCAUACAACGCGGAUCUGUACUACCGGGAUUACUUCCCCGACGUGGACCUGGGCUGGUGGCUGUUCGCCGUCACCGUCGGCAUCGGCUCCGUCGGCGUGGUUGUGGGAGGAGUCAUCUCCGACAAAUUCGUCGCCAAAAUGGGCAUCAGAUCUCGAGUGCUGGUGCUGGCCGUCUCGCAGCUGAUCGCUACUCUUCCCGCCUUCGGCUCCGUGGUCUUCGGGCCCCUGUGGGCCAUGAUCACCCUGGCCAUCUCUUACUUCUUCGCGGAGAUGUGGUUCGGCAUAGUGUUCGCUAUCCUGGUGGAGAUCGUGCCUCUGUCAGUGCGGUCCACCACCGUCGGAGUCUUCCUGUUCGUGAUGAACAAUGUCGGAGGCAACCUGCCGAUCCUGGUGGACCCUGUGGCUAAAGCUAUUGGAUAUAGGGAGGCCAUCAUGAUCUUCUACGCCGGGUUUUAUGGGAUCAGCAGUAUCCUGUUCUUCCUGACCAUGUUCCUCAUGGAUGGACCAGUAGAAACCAGCGAAGCCACCAGCGCUCCAAAGACCACAGGUCUCGACAACCGAGCGUUCACCCACGAUGAGACCAAAAGCGGGAGGAGUCUACCUUCACUCCCAGAUGAUAGUCGGUUGUAGAUCGUCAAUUGACUAGGAACUUUAUAAAAACAGUGACGUAUUGGGUUUCAAUUUUGAAUUAUUCGUAUGUAGGUAGGAAGUUGACACGAUUAGUCAAUUGACGUACUUUUUAUGAGCGACUAAGUUUAAUUCAGUUUCAAGAAAUCAUUUUUUCUUUAAGAAUGAGAAAUUAUGGCGUCAAUAAUUUCAGAGUGCGAAAGAAUUGACUAAUUUUAUCGAUUCCCAAGUUACUAAAUCAUCUAAUUUAAAAGUCAGGGCUAUAAUGAAGUGUUUUAGAGAAGUUAUGCAUGGGAAUUGUUGAUAAAGAAUGUCAACUACCUAAUUCGAUUACUUAGAGCCGUUUUAUAGCACGCGCGCGCGCGGUUUACUUCUGUCACUGUGACAGUAUGUAUCUCUUUUUCUCUUCAUAAAAGGGUAAAAGAAACAGAUAUACUAUCACGGAUAGUAAGUAGGUACUGCCACUGUCGGCCACAGGCCCACGGCGACCAAAAAUUCAACCGUGUGCACGCGCUUUUACUUUGUAUGAUUCCUAUUGGCAAUUGGCAUUUUUUACGGUUCAAAUGUCAGUUACUGGUAUUUUGCAAUAAAAAUGUGUAUUCUGUGUUCUGUCGACUGGAAUGUGGUACAAAAAGCCAAGCUAAGAAGCACUCUAUUUGGCCAAGAAUGACUAGGGCUCUAUGUAAAUUCUUGGCACAAACUUAAGUUUAAUUAAUGUUUUUAUUUUAUUUUAAUUGAAGUACAAACUGAGUUCAAAUACUGCAUUAACAGGUUAAUAUAGUUUAUUAACCCAUUCCCUGUCAAUGAGUAGACUCUUUCAAAAAAAUAUGACUAUGUAUCAUAUUUGAUUCAUUUGACACGAAGGGAUCUACCCUAUUAAAUACACAAGUGACCAUAAAAUAACAAAAAUAAAAAUUAUAAGUAAGUAACUUGGUAUUUAGCUGUAAGUUACUGAGAGUGAUCAGUCUUUAAAAUUGUUUAAUUGUGUCAUUGGGUUACAACAACCUUCAAUAAUACAUAAAAUCUCAAGUUCAAUUAACUUUUCUUUACAAACUACGAUACUUAAUUGGCUAUUUAGUAUAGGGAAAUGAACACUGUAUUUGCAUAAUCUCAAUAAAAUGCGUUAAUGCUUUAUAUAAAUUUGAAUCUCAUGUAAAAUAGCAAUACUAAGAGAAUGAGCACUUAGUAUUAACAUUUUUAUGAUGUUUCUAAUUAGAUAUUCAAAUAAAUAAGUACUUAAUAUGCAAUAAGUUUUUCAUACAUAAAAAUCCAUGGCUAUCAGGAAUUUCGUAGUAAAGUUUGAUCAGAAAAUACCAAAAUAUGUUACUUACUACUAUGUAGUUAAUGAUAAAGUUAAGUCUAGAAAAUACAGAUUUUCUAAUUACUCUUAAUAAUAAAAAACAUAAUGAAAGAAGCAGUUUUUGAUGUGAUACGAAUUUUGUACAUAUUUAUUUUUUGUUAAGCAUCUAGUUAUUGUAAAUAAAAUAAAAUGUUCAAUGUU